AUGGAAUGUAAUAAAGAUGAGGCUAUUAGGGCUAAAGAGAUUGCACAGAAGAGGUUUCUAGCGAACGAUUUUUCGGCUGCAAGGAAAUUCGCGAUGAAGGCUCAGUUCUUGUCUCCUGAACUCGAUGGAAUCGCACAAAUGGUGUCUACAUUUAGUGUACAUCUAUCUGCUCGUAAUAUCAUAUGCGGGGAGAUAGAUUACUACGGCGUGCUUGGCAUAAACCCUGAAGCAGACGACGAAACAGUGAGGAAACGUUACAGAAUGCUUGCUGUGAUGCUUCAUCCUGACAAGAACAAGUGCGUAGGAGCAGAUGAAGCGUUUAAGCUUCUUUCUCAGGCUUGGGCCGUUUUCUCUGAUAAGACAAAGAGAGCUGAAUAUGACCUGAAAAGGAAUCCUGGAUUGCGUGAGGGAGGAGGAGCUUCUUCAUCAUCAAAGCCUGCAAGCAACGGAUCUCAGAAAGUUAAUAAAGCAACUACGAAAGUCAAGAGCACGACGAAGAGAGGUGUUAAGCGAGCAAGUGAUGCCUCUGCUUCUGCUUCUGUUUCUGCUGCUGCUGCUUCUACUGUAGUCCAUAAACCAACUUCUGAUGGAACCUUUUGGACUGUUUGCCGCACUUGCAGGACACAGUAUGAGUAUCAUCGUGUGUACCUAAACCAGAACCUUCUGUGUCCCAACUGUCGUAAGCCGUUUAUAGCUGUGGAAACUGAUCCUCCGGGUUCAGGUUCGAUCCGCAAGACCUUUCACGAGCAUCAGUUUGACUCUAUCCGUCAGACGACUGACGCAAGAAAGAAGAGUAGAGUAGAGAGUAAUGGUGUGUAUGGUGAAUAUGAGUCCUUUGAGUGGAGUGGUGCGUACACUGGAACCAAAGCUCCUACUCAUGCUCCACAGACCGGGCCACGAAAAGAAGAGCCUGUUGUGCGUAGAGAGUAUACCAAAAGAGCUGCUGCUGGUGGUGCUCCGGCUACAAAUCAUCCGAAACGAAGAAAGUGUGUGGAGAAUUCAGCUGCUGGCUCCAACAUUGGAAGCUGUUUACCUCCAAAGCCCUACACUUCAAAAGAGUUUACCGAGGAUGAGAUAAAGUCUCUCUUGAAGAAAAAAGUUAAGCCUCUAAUCAACAAGAAACUGCAAGAACUACUGGCUAAAAGCGGAACUGAGUCGAACGGAAGUCGAAUGGAAACCGAUGAUCUCGCUCAGGCCAAUGUAGGUUCUCCGGAGAUCGUUGGUACAUCCUUGAUGGUGUGGGUUCCUAAACCUGACUUUUGCGACUUCGAUAAAGAUCGAACUGAGAAGUCGUUUGUGGACAACGAGGUCUGGGCUUUGUACGACCCUCUAGAUGGGAUGCCCAGAUCCUUUGUCUUGAUAGAGAAGGUUCUCUCUGUAGAGCCAUUCAGAGUGCGCAUCUCACGGCUUACUUCAGAGGUCAGCAGUGGGGUUAGAUCAACGGACUGGCUUGGCUCUGGUGUUUCGAGAACUUGUGGAGAUUUUCGAGUUGCCGAAACCCAAAUCUGCAAGUCACCUUACAUUUUCUCACACAAAGUGGAGACGAUCAAAGGGAGUCAAGGAGAGUUUCUUGUGUAUCCAAGAAGGGGCGAGGUUUGGGCUAUGUAUCGAAACUGGUCACCUGAAUGGAACUAUCUUACAGGAGCUGAAGCAAUCGAGUACGAUGUGGUCGAAAUUUUUGAAGAAUAUACAGAGGAAUAUGGUGUAUCAGUGGUUCCUCUGAUUAAAGUUGCUGGUUUCAAGGCUGUGUUUCAUCAUCACGUGGAUCAUAAAAUGAGCAGAAGGAUCUCAAGGGAUGAGAUUUCGAGGUUCUCUCACCAGAUACCUUCGUACUUGCUCACAGGUCAAGAAGCACCUGGUGCACCCAAAGGUUGCAGACAGCUCGACCCAGCAGCGACACCGUCACAGCUUCUUGAGGUUAUUGAUGAUCUGUGA